AUUUAUGGGCGGGGCCGAGGGCAGGUUUGGGGGGAGGACGACUGCUGGUGGGCGGGGCGGGGCCGGCCCCCGAGGAGCCAGAGCCAGAAAGCAGGUGUCUGUCGCUCGGGGCGAGACUUAGCUGGAGUGACGGCCUCCGUGAGACCUUGGGAUGCAAACGAUGGGUCUCAUCUCAGAGCUGAAGCUUGCUGUUCCCUGGGGCCACAUUGCGGCCAAAGCCUGGGGCUCCCAUCAAGCCGCCCCCGUUCUCUGCCUUCACGGCUGGCUGAACAAUGCCAACUCCUUUGACAGACUCAUCCCUCUUCUCCCGAAGGACUUUCAUUAUGUUGCCAUGGACUUCGGGGGUCAUGGGCUCUCAUCCCACUACAGCCAAGGUUUCCCAUAUUACCAUCAAAACUUUGUGAGUGAGGUCCGGAGAGUUGCAGCAGCCCUGAAAUGGAACCGGUUUUCCCUCCUGGGCCACAGUUUUGGUGGCACUGUGGGUGGAAUGUUUUCCUGUAUCUUCCCUGAGAUGGUGGACAAACUCAUCUUGCUGGACGCCUUACCAGUUGUCCUGGACACGAAUGAGAUGGACAACUUGCUGACCUACAAGCGGAGGGCCAUAGAGCACGUGCUGCAGGUGGAGGCCUCCAGGAAGCCUGCCCAGGUGGUCAGCCCGGAAGAGAUGCUGCAGUGGUUCCUGAAAAACAACAGCCACGUGGGCGAGGCGAAUGGGAAGCAUCUCCUGCAGAGAGGAACCACACAGGCGGCCACGGGUGUGUGGCUGAACAGAGAUCGGAGGAUCACUUUGCCAGAGCACUGCUUCGACAUCGUCAGCAAGGAGCUGUUUGUGCAGUAUAUCAAAAAUCUGCAGGCCCGCAUCCUGUUCAUCAAGGCAACCGAAGGAUAUUAUGCCGUGCGGAGAGAGAAUGACGCCAACAGGGAGUCCAUAAUGUUCGGGACCAACUCACUUAAGUCUGUCCUGAGAGAGAGGUUCCAGUAUGUGGAAGUCCCGGGCAAUCACUACGUCCACAUGAACCAACCCCAGCUUGUGGCUGAUGUCAUCAGCUCCUUUUUACAGAGCAAGGAGAGGAGCCCUGCCCCCCUGUAGCCCGGGGCCUGGGGCCACAGCCACCUGCUUCAGCACCGGACUCCCAGCUCCCGAGCCCAGGCCACCAUGCUGGGGACCGGCCCUGGUCCCGAAGACUAGCACGGCCAGAGCGAGUGCUAUGGCAGAGCUGGGGGUGGGGGCGCGGAGGGGUGUAAGAUUCUGAUUUCAGUAUCUGUGACUUCCGGAGGCGGGAAGAGGGGACGGUGUCUGUUUUGUGACUGGGCAGCGGGUGUGUAUGUGGCCUGGGAUAGGCCCAGCUGGCUUUUGUAGUCCUUUCUUGCCACCCAGCUGGAUGAAAAAUAAAAACGUUCUUGUAUUCUC